ACAAAAGCAUUUCGAUCAUUCCGUUCCAGCCCGGUGUGGUGCUUGCUGGUAGUGUAAUAGUUUUAGCUAAAAUUUUAAAACGUGUCGCAUCAAAUCACCGGGUCAAAGGUCAAUUACAUUAACUAAGUUCAAAUUAAAUUCGUUUUGUUGUUAUUUUAUAUUAUUUGCCGUUUAAUUAAAGUGCCAAAUGUUCGAAUACCGGAAACAUAAGUGAUAACAUAUAUUUGUGCAAUAUUUAUUGUUUAAAAUAUUAAGUAAAGUGGCUGUUCCAAAAGUGGAUUACUCAAAAGUUAAAUUGAACAUAAACAUCGAUACAUGUUUUAGGAUGGCGUUAGCCAGGCUGCCCGUGGUGAGUGAGUGCUCGCCGCAGCAGACAGCCAGAGUGUCGGUAGCGGCGGGAUCUUCUGGAUCAGUGAGUGCGGCCGCAUCGGCUGCCGCUGCGGCCGCCGUCGUGGCCGGCGCUCCAAGCAGCAGCACCAUGUCCGUCUCUCGGGUGCCCAGCCCGCCUCCAUCAUCAGAGGCGAAUACACCUGUGGCGGAAAAUUGGUGUUAUACACAGGUAAAAGUUGUUAAGUUCAGUUACAUGUGGACAAUAAAUAAUUUUAGUUUUUGUCGAGAAGAAAUGGGAGAAGUAUUAAAAUCAUCUACCUUCUCCGCAGGAGUCAAUGACAAAUUAAAAUGGUGUUUACGAGUUAAUCCUAAAGGUUUAGACGAAGAAAGUAAAGAUUACUUGUCUUUGUACUUACUAUUAGUCUCAUGUAAUAAGACUGAGGUCAGAGCAAAAUUUAAAUUUUCUAUAUUGAACGCUAAACGUGAAGAAACUAAGGCUAUGGAAAGCCAAAGAGCUUACAGAUUUGUACAAGGAAAAGAUUGGGGAUUUAAAAAGUUUAUCAGACGUGAUUUUCUGCUAGACGAAGCUAAUGGCCUUUUACCAGAUGAUAAACUUACUAUAUUUUGCGAGAUGACACGUUUGCAGGUUAGUGUUGUAGCAGAUAGUGUCAAUAUUUCGGGCCAAUCUAAUGCAGUUCAAUUUAAGGUACCUGAAUGUCGUUUACCUGAUGAUCUUGGUAAUUUAUUUGAAGUACAAAAAUUUAGUGAUGUGACAUUAUCAGUUAGUGGACGUGAGUUUCAAGCUCAUAAAGCUAUUCUUGCAGCAAGAAGUCCUGUGUUUGCUGCUAUGUUUGAACACGAAAUGGAAGAAAGAAAACAAAACCGAGUAGCAAUCACUGAUGUUGACCAUGAAGUUCUAAGGGAAAUGCUUCGGUUUAUAUAUACAGGCCGAGCUGCCAAUUUAGAAAGAAUGGCUGACGAUCUUCUAGCAGCUGCAGAUAAAUAUGCUUUGGAAAGGCUAAAAGUAAUGUGUGAAGAAGCUUUAUGCAACAACUUGUCUGUAGAUAAUGCUGCUGAUAUAUUAAUUCUUGCUGACCUUCAUAGUGCUGAUCAACUUAAAGUUCAAACAAUUGAGUUUAUUAAUACUCAUGCGACUGAUGUAAUGGAAACUACAGGUUGGAAAACUAUGAUACAGUCACAUCCACAUCUAAUAGCUGAAGCUUUUCGUGCACUAGCUACACAACAAAUACCACCUAUAGGACCUCCAAGGAAACGUGUUAAACAGAGCUGAAAUGGACUUUCCAUAGCGGCGAUGCAGACUUACGAUCUCACCAGCCCACCACCCCCACCCAUUAACUCUUCCAGGGCACAAAUUUUGUAAAUUAAAAUUUUUUUAUUUUCUGAAUUGUUGUAUAAGUAUUUUAAUGUAUAUUUCUGUGUAUAGUAUAUUAUUUAUAAAAAAAGGAAAAUUCUCCUAAAAUGAAAAUAGCCUGUUUUUUGGUUAUGUGUUUGGAAAUGUUUGAUGUUUCAUGAAGAUUCGAAGUAAAGAAAAUUGUAAAUGGCUAUGGCUGUUCUAAACAGCAAAUGUGAUAUGAGUGAUAUUUGCAGUUUAACCUUGUUUAUAUAAAUGAAUAUAUUAGUUAUAAAGUUAGUUAUAUUACUAUUAUUAUAGAAUAUUAUUACAAUAGGAACUGAAUUGAAUACAUAUGUGAAAUAUACAGUCAUAAGGUA